GGCUUCUGGUCGCCUUGUCCUGUGUUGGAGGUCAUACUGCCGUUAGAGUCAUGGACUAUGAAGAUCUGAGAUGAUGUCACACUUGGUUCACAAUGAACCAUUUGAGUGAAUCUGAUAUCUAAAUGACGAUAACUCUCGGAAAUGAAACGCUCUCUUCGUAUAGCCAUUGAGAUUGCUAUCCAUGUAUAAGGUCCCCGUCAUUGUUUACAAUUUAUCGUUAGUAGGGCGCUAUUGGGCUGUCUAUUCAUCAUUCCUUAUCCUGCAGGGUAUACGUCAUAGGGCUGCUCUGUUGACUGUGGGAAAUUUGCUGAAUAAAGGCAAGCCACGUUCGGCUGGACUCUCGUGAAUUUCGGCAUUACAUUGGACAUCAGGUCUCCACAUCAAGAUGGGCACAGCCUCGUUGAAUCUUUGAUUUGUCCCUCAGCCGCACGCUUAGUGGCGAAUCCU